CUCGGGCUCUCCGCUCUCCUCAUCUUCAUCUCCUCCGGCCAUCCCCUUCUCCCCUCAUCCGCCGCGGCCAUGGCCACCGCCACCGCCACCGCCGCGCUCGCGCUCCUCUCUCCUCCGCUCCCCGCCUCCCCGACCCCUCCUCCUCCUCCUCCACUCCGCGCCAUUCUCCUCAAGCAGCCUUUCCUCCGCCCGAUACGCCAGCGGCGGCGUCUGUCUCCGCGUCCUCUCCUGCGCCGCCGCGACCCCGUCGCCGCCUGCGCACCCACCGCCGAUGCAGAGACCGCCUCCACCUCGCGUUCCUACGACGCGCUGGAGGCCGAGCGCGCCGUCGCGGAGCUCCUCCGCGAGCACGGCGCCUCCCCGGCUGAUGCGGCUUCCAUCGCCGCGCGCGCGCCGGGGUACGCCGCCAUGCUCGCCGACGGCGUCCGCGAGCUCGACGAGCUCGGGCUCUGGGAGUCGUGGAGCUCCGGGGCGGGGGCGGGCCGCGAGGUGGAGAUGGCCGGGCUCGGGUUCGGGAGGAAGGUGUACUACAUGGGGAAGGCGAAGAGCAGGCGCGACCGCGGCGUGGUGCCGCUGCUCGAGAGCGUCGGGGUGCGGCUCUCCUCCGCGAAGCUCAUCGCGCCGUAUGUUUCGGCGGCUGGUCUCCCGGUGCUGAUCGAUAGGAUCAAGUUUUUGAAGGAAAUUCUAUUUUCAAGCAAUGUCUAUGAAACAUUAAUAAGUAGAAAUGCUAAACGCAUGAUGAUGCACUUAUCAAUACCUGCAGAUGAGUCACUCCAAAGUACUUUAUCAUUUUUCGAAAAAAUGGAGGCCAGGUAUGGCGGUCUUAAUAUGUUGGGACAUGGAGAUGUGUCGUUUCCCUAUCUCAUUGAAUCAUUUCCAAUGCUUCUUCUCUGCUCAGAGAACAAUCAUCUUAAACCAUUAAUUGAUUUUCUUCAGUACAUUGGAAUUCCCAAGCCAAGGAUUGCAUCUGUGCUGCUGUCAUUUCCUCCUAUCAUCCUUUCUGAUGUUGAAAAUGAUAUCAAACCAAGGAUUAAUGCAUGGGAAAAGGUUGGCAUUGAACAAGAAUAUAUUGGUAGGAUGUUGCUGAAGUAUCCAUGGAUUCUUUCAACAUGUGUGCUAGAAAACUAUGGCCAAAUGUUAAUGUUCUUCCAAAGAAGAAAGAUUUCCAGUACAGUCCUUGGUGUUGCGAUGAGAAGUUGGCCCCAUAUUCUGGGUUGCUCAACAAAAAGAAUGAACUCAAUUGUGGAGCUGUUUGAUGAUCUGGGUAUCAGUAAGAAAAUGUUGGUUCCAGUUGUUACAUCAAGUCCACAGUUGUUGCUGAGAAAACCAAAUGAGGUUAUGCAGAUUAUUCUCUUUUUCAAAGAUAUGGGUCUUGAUAAGAAAACAGUGGCAAAGAUUUUGUGUCGUUCUCCAGAAAUAUUUGCUUCAAGUGUGGAGAAUACCCUUAAGAAGAAAAUAAACUUUCUUAUUGACUUUGGUGUUCCCAAGCAUUAUCUCCCUCGCAUCAUUAGGAAGUAUCCGGAGCUUUUAUUGUUGGACAUAAAUCGCACAAUGCUCCCCAGAAUCAACUACCUCUUGGAUAUGGGAUUGUCUAAGAAAAAUGUGUGCUCGAUGAUCUAUAGAUUCUCUCCACUUCUGGGUUACAGUAUUGAACUUGUUAUGAAACCAAAGCUUGAAUUUCUGUUAAGAACCAUGAAGAAGCCACUUAAAGCUGUUGUAGAAUAUCCAAGGUACUUCAGUUAUUCACUGGAAGGGAGGAUAAAGCCGCGGUUUUGUGUACUUCAGAGUAGAAAGAUAGACUGCAGUCUGACAGACAUGCUUGCAAAAAAUGAUGAACUUUUUGCUGAAGAGUACCUGGGAGUAGGAAGAUCACUUGAGACAGAUAUACAAUCAAGCGAAGGUGUCUAGUUUUGGGGCUCAUAUCAAGUGUUAACUGUGUUACAAUACGUAUGUUAAUUGUACAGCAGCGUGCUUCCAUAUGAGGAAAUCCACUUCUGCAGUGCUCAAGCAUUGUGAAGGUAAUACAUGACUGGUAAAUUGCUGUAGAAAAAUAGCUUGUACAGAUCGACCGUUGUAUGUGGACGUUUUCUUAUUCCAGCAAGGUCUGGAAUACAGAUAAACAAGGGGGUUCAGAAAUAGGUGGUGGAUAACAAUCUGCAGCAGAAAGUUCAGGGAUGUUUGACACCUUUGUCUGAAAGCCAAUAUGAAUUAUCACAGCCACAGGCCACAAUCCUCACCAGGUUCAUCUUUUGAGCACCCCACUGGCCAUGGUCUUUUAUCGUCCCGUUCUCAAUAAAUUGAACCCUCUCCAAUCUCCAUGGCCUCGACACUGUUCUUCGUUUGCACAAGUUCGAGGCCUUCUCCACUGGGAUGCCCCCUUAAUGCCACCAGACAGGGUAUGAGGGUAAACUGAAGUUCAACCCUUACAAUUCUGCACCAGCUGAUCAUCUGAUGAAAUUUUGCAAAAUCUGCAAUUAUCAGGAUUGACGAGAGAAUCAAAGACCUAGCGUUUGAACAGUUAGUUACCUGAGCGAGUUGAUUUGCACUGUUCCUUGAACACACAAGUGCCAAUGGCAGUAUGUUGCAUCUUCAUCCCCUGCAAACCUACAAGGGAGAAAAAAAAUAGUUGGCAUGUAUUAAUCGGAAUCCGAGUCUCACAUGUAUUAAUCGGAAUCCGAGUCUCCGACUCGGAUUUGUACUA